AUGGUGCUGCUCCAGUGGUGUCUGCUGUGGCUGCUGUUACCACUCAGCUCAAGGACCCAGAAGUUACCCACUCGAGAUGAGGAACUUUUCCAGAUGCAGAUCCGGGACAAAGCAUUUUUUCAUGAUUCCUCAGUAAUUCCAGAUGGAGCUGAAAUUAGCAGUUAUCUCUUUAGAGACACACCUAAAAGGUAUUUCUUUGUGGUUGAAGAAGACAACACUCCAUUGUCAGUCACUGUGACUCCCUGUGAUGCGCCUUUGGAGUGGAAGCUGAGCCUUCAAGAACUACCAGAGGAGACAAGUGGGGAAUGCUCAGGUGAGCCUGAGCCCCUUGAGCAGCAGAAGCAGCAGAUCAUUAAUGAGGAAGGCACAGAGUUAUUCUCCUACAAAGGCAAUGAUGUUGAGUAUUUUAUAUCUUCCAGUUCUCCAUCUGGUUUAUAUCAGUUGGAACUUGUUUCAACAGAGAAAGACACACAUUUCAAAGUCUAUGCCACCACAACUCCAGAGUCUGAUCAGCCAUACCCUGAAUUACCCUAUGACCCAAGAGUAGAUGUCACCUCCCUGGGACGCACCACGGUCACCUUGGCCUGGAAGCCGAGCCCCACAGCCUCUUUGCUGAAACAACCCAUCCAGUACUGCGUGGUCAUCAACAAAGAGCACAAUUUCAAAAGUCUCUGUGCAGUGGAAGCAAAACUGGGUGCAGAUGAUGCUUUUAUGAUGGCACCAAAGCCUGGUCUGGACUUUAGCCCCUUUGACUUUGCCCACUUUGGAUUUCCUUCAGAUAAUUCAGGUAAAGAACGCGGCUUCCUAGCAAAGCCUUCUCCAAAACUGGGGCGUCACGUCUACUCAAGACCCAAAGUGGACAUUCAGAAAAUCUGCAUAGGAAACAAGAACAUCUUCACCGUCUCUGAUCUGAAACCCGACACGCAGUACUACUUUGACGUCUUUGUGGUUAACAGCAACAGCAACAUGAGCACUGCUUAUGUAGGGACUUUCGCCAGGACCAAGGAAGAAGCUAAACAGAAGACAGUUGAGCUAAAAGAUGGGAAAGUGACAGAUGUAUUUGUUAAAAGGAAGGGAGCAAAGUUUCUACGGUUCGCUCCAGUCUCUUCUCACCAAAAAGUCACCUUCUUUAUUCACUCUUGUUUGGAUGCUGUCCAAAUCCAAGUGAGAAGAGAUGGGAAACUUCUUCUGUCUCAGAAUGUGGAGGGCAUUCGGCAGUUUCAAGUUAGAGGAAAACCUAAAGCAAAAUAUCUCAUUCGACUGAAAGGAAACAAGAAAGGAGCAUCUAUGUUAAAAAUACUGGCCACCACAAGGCCCAGUAAGCAGUCCUUUCCUUCUCUUCCUGAAGACACAAGAAUCAAAGUCUUUGACAAGCUCCGGACCUGUUCUUCAGCCACCGUGGCUUGGCUAGGCACUCAGGAAAGAAACAAGUUUUGCAUCUACAAAAAAGAAGUGGAUGAUAACUACAAUGAAGACCUGAAGAAAAGAGAGCAAAACCAAUGCCUAGGACCAGAUACAAGGAAGAAAUCAGAAAAGGUCCUCUGUAAAUAUUUCCACAGUCAAAACUUACAGAAAGCAGUGACCACAGAAACAAUUAAAGGUCUUCAGCCUGGCAAAUCUUACCUGCUGGAUGUUUAUGUCAUAGGACAUGGGGGACACUCUGUGAAGUAUCAGAGUAAGGUUGUGAAGACCAGGAAGUUCUGUUAG